AUGUCACUUGAUGAAAGUAAAACUACGGUUAUAAUAUCGAAUCUAUCAAAAGAAGAUUUCAUUUCAAAUGAGUUAGCAUUUGUGGACAGAAUUAAAUUAUCGAUCUUAAAUUUAAAACCUCCAAUUGCAAAUGAAUACGGUGACGAUUAUUACUUGAAUAAUAUUCAACAUUGGUCAAAUUUAUCUUCUCUUAAUAGAAUAAUCAUUAUUUUCAAAACAAAUGAGGCUGCGUUGAAUAUAUAUAACUAUUUAUUAGAUAAUUUAAAUGGUAAAUUAUCAAACUUACCCUUUAAUAGUGAAACCAAAAUCAGUUUACAGGAAAAUUUAUUGGUUCGUUCAAAAUCGUUUGAUUCUUUAAUUAAUCAUAAUGAUUCGCUUUCGGUAACUAAAGAUUUGUCCAACUUUAAAAACUUCCAUAACAAAACUAAUUAUAAUGAACCAGAGCCGAAUAAAUUCGAUGCCUAUAAUGAUUUAUCUAAACUAGGCAUUGACCUAAAUACUUUUAAUGAUCUGGAUCAAUUGGACGAGCUAAAAUCUCCAAAUAACUUGAAAAGAAAUAAAUCCUUAACUAAAACGUUAUUCAAACCAAAAUUAGACAAUCUCAACACUAAAUUCGAUCCAAAUGAUAAUCCUCCUCCCCAAAGUCCUACCAUUACUCUAGAUGAAACCUUUUAA